AUGACAACUUGCUGUGCUAGACUGAGCAAGGUCUACAUGAUCACUACUAAUUUACUGUUUGCCUGUUUGGGUGUCGCAUUUAUUGCCCUGGGUGUAAUCGGUAUGAAAGAUGGAUUUAGUGGUGCAACAUUAUUCCCAAAUAAUAUAUUCAAAUAUUUGGCUAUAUUGGGUGGAGUUAUUUGUGUAGCAGCCAUUGUGGGUAUCAUUGGCGCUUAUAUCAGAAAAUCUGUAGUUACUUAUAUAUACAUGAUCAUCAUUAUCGGUGCAUUGGUAUUUCAAGUGAUUAUUGGUAUUCGUAUCUAUCAGGCAGCAGCCAAUGCAGCCAAGUAUCUGUCAGACAUUUGGCCAACUGCUUCCGCUAGUUAUCGACUCAAUCUUCAAAAUCAGUUUUACUGCUGUGGCUAUCAAACUAUCAUGGAUGGUGUUGUCGCAAGCGAUACCUGCCAACCCACAUCCUCCUUGACCAGCAACUUACCACCUUGCGCACCUGCAUUACAAGGCUUUGUAAAGAGCACAUUUGGAAAAGUGUAUUUAGCUGUAUUUGCAGCAUUAGCAUUGGAAUUGCUGGCCAUGUCAAAUGCCAUUACGCUUCUCUGUACUGGUUCACACACGGAUCAAGAUGAAGAGGACGAGAGACGCAAGCGCAGAAAGUCAGGCAUUCGACUGGAUGACAUGACAGUAGAUACACCUACCACAUUGGUUGGUCAAGAAGAGCCCAAGUACUUUGCCUACGGCACCGAAGAUGUCAAUCGCAACAACCGAUAUGAUAGUUACGACAUGUAUCGACACAAUAACAAUUCAAACCAUUACAGUGAUAAUUACAAUGGAAACACAAUCACCAACAAUCGUCAUGGCAAUGGCAAUGGUGGCGCUUAUUAUUAA